AUGUUGCUGGUUCUUCUCUUCACAUUGUUCCUGCUUACUCAGCCCCAUGGACACCUGGGGGCAGAGGUGAAGACCUACUCCCGGGCAGCAGUCAGCAAUGCAUGCACCCUGGUCAUGUGUAGCUCUGUGGAGAAUGGCCUGCCUGGCCGAGAUGGACGGGAUGGGAGAGAGGGACCCCGAGGCGAGAAGGGGGAUCCAGGUGUUCCAGGAGCUACAGGGCUAACAGGGCUGCCUGGGCCAACUGGCCCAGUGGGACCCAAAGGGGACAACGGCUCUGCUGGAGAACCUGGACCAAAGGGAGACACUGGACCAUGUGGUCCUCCAGGACUUCCAGGAGUGCCUGGUCCAGUUGGAAGAGAGGGUGCAUCAGGAAAGCAGGGGAACAUAGGACCUCAAGGAAAACCGGGCCCAAAAGGAGAGACUGGGCCCAAAGGGGAAGUCGGCGCACCAGGCAUACAGGGCUCUACAGGAACAAGGGGACCCCCAGGUCUCAAAGGGGAGAGAGGUUCCCCUGGUGAGCAUGGAGCCCCUGGAAGUGCUGGAUCUCCUGGAGCUGCAGGUCCACAGGGAGCCCCAGGAGCCAGGGGGCCCCCAGGACUGAAGGGGGACAGAGGCGCUCCUGGAGACAGAGGAGCCAAAGGUGAAAGUGGACUUCCAGAUAUCACUACUCUGAGGCAACAGAUGGAGGCCUUACAGGGACAGCUACAGCACCUCCAGACUGCCCUCUCUCAAUACAGGAAAGUCAUUCUCUUUGCUGAUGCCCAAGGUGUUGGGGAGAAGAUCUUCAAGGUAGCAGGUUUUGAAAAAGAUUAUGAGGAGGCACAGCAAGUGUGCGCGCAGGCUGGUGGGCAGUUGCCUUCUCCACGCAAUGCAGCUGAGAACCAUGCCUUGCAAGAGCUGCUCACCAUGAAGAACAAGGCUGCCUUCCUGAGCAUGACUGACACCAAGACAGAAGGCACAUUCACCUACCCCACUGGGGAGCCCCUAGUCUAUUCCAACUGGGCCCCAGGGGAACCCAACAACAAUGGUGGUUCCGAAAACUGUGUGGAGAUCUUCAGCAAUGGCAAGUGGAAUGACAAGGUUUGUGGAGAGCAACGCCUUGUGGUUUGCGAGUUCUGA